AUGGAUGUAUAUCUAAGGCCAGAAUCGUCACUAACAACCACGCAGUUGAUAUGGUCAGGGCAUGCUCCUCGAGGGGCAAUGAGACCAGGUCUGCAAUCAUGUCUCGAGCAGCUUGAUCGAGUCCAUGAUAAGAUAGACCGUGUCUGCAAUGAAUUUCUGGAAAUCCGGACCCGCAUCACAGAACUCCUUGUCACCUGCCAAUCAGACGUCAUUAUGGGGGAUGACAGCACAUUGGAUAGCAACGUCGACUUCCAGGCAAUCAUUAAAGACGGGCCUCAGACCAUCCUGCCACUUGCGCUAGAUGAACCGGAUGCCGUUUCACCGUCGGUGAAUCCGCCAGAGCUCUCCAUCUUGGCAGAGUCGCCAGCAUUCUUUGGCCAGCUUUCGGACCUAGAGCCUGAGUACGGCGCUCUAGGGUAUACUAGUACCCUAGCAGAGGGCGCUCCCGUUGGUGAACUCCCCCAAGACAUGAUGCACAGUGGUACCUCUGGUAUCGUCAACUAUGGGUUGGGUGUAUAUGAGUUCCUACCGCAGCAUAGCACGUACUCAGCUGAUGGAAAGAUGUCGUCCGAGUCUUCGGUCAGACGCGACCCACAACCACCUCCUCCUAUUGCGCAGGCCGGCCUAGAUAAAGUCAAGUGCACUUGGCACGGAUGCUCAAGAACUCUCAAGAAGAAUUGCAUGACUCGUCAUGUAAACGAGAUGCAUCUGCGGAAGGUCAAGGCUGUUUGUGAUUCCUGUGGACGGAGGUUCGCGCGCCCACAUAUGCUGAAGGUCCAUACCUGUCGUAGAAAGUCCUAAAUUGUUUCCCAUACAUAUCAGAAUAUUCAGCCCUUGGAUUUUGAUAAAAACUUCCGCGACGCACAUGGCCACGUGGACCAUCAUUACAAAUCUGAAGAUCCAAGGCACGUCGCGAUGAUGUUUCUCAAGGACUAUCUAUUGGACGCCGGCUUGACGUCGAUAAC